AUAGAGUUUAAGAAUCUCACUCUAAUUUUUGUUGAAGAUGGCAAAAGUGACACUUCACGUGUAUGACUUGACCAAUGGUUCGGAGAAGACGAACAACACCGUUGUUCACAUCAACAAGAUCUUCAAGAAUGGUAUUGGUCUCGGUGGUAUAUUCCACGGCGCAGUUCAGGUUUAUGGAGAUGAUGAAUGGUCAUUUGGAUCCUGUGAGGAGGGUACUGGAGUUUUUAGUUGUCCUUCAAGGAAAAAUGCAAGGUAUACAUAUCGACAAUCCCUUGUUCUAGGGAAAACAAACUACAAUAUUUUCAUGGUAAAUCAAAUAUUAAGGGAGCUUAGUAAAGAGUGGCCUGGAAAUUCUUAUGAUCUCUUCUCCAAAAAUUGCAAUCACUUCUGUGAUGAAUUUUGUGCAAGACUAGGUGUGCCAAACCCUCCAGGUUGGGUUAACAGGUUUGCUAAUGUUGGUGAUAUUACUAUGGAAGUGGCUGGAUGCACAGCAUCACGAUUCCGGCAAGCGAAAACAGAGAUUGUAUCAGCAAGCAAAUCAGCAUGUCGAUUCCUUUUUUGUGUUACAAAUAAUGUUAAAACUGAUAUGGAUGAUUCCCCUAGAGGAGAAUCUCUUGGUGUUCAAGCUGUUUGGAUGAAAAAGGUUAUUACCAAUGGUGUAAAACCGUCUACUUCUACUAGUUCAGAAGCUGGGACUUCAAGUGAAAUUGAGCCUCAACAACAAAUAUGAAAAAUAACAUGACAAGGCAAUGUUACCACAGUUUACAUAGGUUUACAACAAGUACAUACAUUUUAAAUUGGAAAGUAAGUGCAACUUUUUACAUUUUAUUUCACUGGUUAUAAAAACAAUGUACAGUUAUUAUGUCUUGUUUAACUCUUUUUUUUGUUGGUGCUAUGUUUUUUAGACUGUUCACUGAAAA